AUGUCAUCUCCAACAACAACAACAACCACCACCACCACCACCACCGUAAACAACUACCUGAUCCUCCUGCCAACAGCCCACCACAGCUUUGACCCCUCCUCAUCAUCUCCAACCACAACCGCAAUUACAGAAGCCAUCUCAGCCGCCCUCCCCACCGCCGAGCGGAAAACCCGGCGCUCAGCUUCCACCAGUUCUGCUGCAUCAGGCACUUCCGCCACCAGUCCCACACUCGGACCUGCCGUUGUUGCUGACGUCGAGCCCGCCGUGAUGGGGGCUUCCUUUGGAAAAUCGGGCUUUCUGAAGUUGGGAAAUUGA